AUGUCAACUAGACUGUACGCACUACGCGAGAAUGGACUGUACCGCGAGCCUGUUUUGCGUGCGUCCCGGUCCUCUUACGAUGGCCCAGCAUUCUACCGAUUAGUUGGAUGGAGGAACGAGAACGUGGAAGCACUCUUGGCACAAGCAACUGGUACCCAGGUCCUACCUGAGCAAGCUUGCAAUCACUGCCAGCGGGGUCAGGGGUUAUUUGCCUCAUGUGUUAUUGUCCCAGGCAGACUUCUUGACUGUGCGAAUUUUCAUUGGGCUGGACAGGGACAUCGAUGCAGUUUCCGUGAUCGAGCACCCACAGAAUAUGUUCCUUUGAGACAGAGCGACGUGGAGCGAAGGCUUCAGGGGUUACGUGAGACCCGUGAAUAUAUCAUGGCUCAGCUUCUGCGGGUUGAUCAGGAAAUCGCACGACUCUCGUGA